AUGGGUCGUCUUCACUCACAAGGCAAGGGUAUCAGCUCAUCAACAUGCCCAUACCGUCGUUCAGCACCACACUGGCUCCAGCUUUCUGCCGAGAACUGCGUCCGAAUGAUCUGCGAUUAUGCUAAGAAGGGUGUUCGCCCAUCACAGAUCGGCGCUCUCCUCCGUGAUCGCAAUGGCGUUGGUAUGGUCCGUGCUGUUACUGGUGUCAAGGUUCUCCGCAUCCUUAAGGCUAAUGGCCUUGCUCCAGCUCUUCCAGAGGAACUUUACCACCUUAUCAAGAAGGCUACAAACGUUCGCAAGCACCUCGAACACGCUAAGCACGAUGUCGAUGGCAAGUACCGUCUUAUCCUUAUCGAGUCCCGUAUUCACAGACUUACACGUUAUUACAAGACUCGCCGUGUUCUUGCUCCAAACUGGAAGUACAACGCUCAGACAGCUUCUGCUCUCGUUGCCUAA